GAAGAAAGGGUGUGAUGUUGAGUUUGGGUCCUCACAGACUCACAGACUUGAUUGGAAACGAACCAAGUUGGAACAUUAUGGCGAGCGUCACUGAGGGUUCAUCUAUGGAUCUCGAUCCUACAAAUGCGUAUGAAAAUGUGACAGCCAACCAGCAGGACAACAGAGACAGCUCAGGAUUAGCUCAGCACUCAAGCAGAAGAGUCUACAGAUUAAUUGCUGUGGGUUUUGGGUCGCUGUGCGUCCUACAAGUCCUUCUUAACAUCUCCCUGCGUUUAGUCGACAACCUGAGCGAAGCGAGAGACCAGUUGGCCUGUGAGAAAGACGUCCGCAAGAUAUGUCCCCAAGACUGGAUAAUACAGUCCGGCUGCAGUUGUUACUUCAUCUCCCUUGACACUAAAAACUGGACUGAGAGUAGACAGGACUGUCUGGACAGAGGAGCAGACCUAGUGAUCAUAAACAGCAGAGUGGAACAAGUUUUCAUCAAAACAUUGGGCCACAGAACCUGGAUCGGUCUGACUGACAGAGAAGUUGAGGGAACCUGGAGAUGGGUGGACGGGACACCACUGACCGCAAGUUAUUGGACUACAACCGGCGAACCGAAUGGAGGACCUGAAGAGAACUGUGCUGAGAUUAUCGGCAUUCACAAUGACCCGGUAUUGGCCUGGAAUGAUCUACCAUGUUACUAUGAACAGCGUUGGAUCUGUGAGAGGUCGUUGGUUCUGUGAGAGUCGUUGGUUCUGUGAGAGGUCGUUGGUUCUGUGAGAGGUCGUUGGAUCUGUGAGAGGUCGUUGGUUCUGUGAGAGGUUGUUGGAUCUGUGAUAGGUCGUUAGUUCUGUGACAGGUCGUUGGUUCUGUGAGUUUGUUGGAUCUGUGAGAGUUCGUUGGUUCUGUGAUAGGUCGUUGGUUCUGUGAUAGGCCGUUGGUUCUGUGAUAGGUCGUUGGUUCUGUGAGAUUCAGCCCUAACGUGUCCCUAACACCUACAAUAGUAUCCACGUCCAUUCCAGAACCCACCAAACAACAUUAUUUUAAGCAAGUAAGGCAAGACACAAUUAAUUUAGGGGAAAAGCAGGUUCCGCAUUUAUAAAAGUAACGUUUUUUCUCUCUUUCUCUCUCUUUUUCUCUCUUUCUCUCUCUUUUUCUCUCUCUCUCUCUUUUUCUCUCUUUCUCUCUUUUUCUCUCUUUCUCUCUCUUUUUCUCUCUUUCUCUCUCUUUUUCUCUCUCUCUCUCUUUUUCUCUCUUUCUCUCUCUCUUUUUCUCUCUUUCUCUCUCUUUUCUCUCUCUCUCUCUCUUUUCUCUCUCUCUCUCUCUU